AUGCUUCUCAAUCCAACGCACGAAAUCACUCUCAGUGGGCUUCCACCGGAUGUUCUCGAUGCAUAUGUCCGGUAUAAGAAAGGCACCCGUGCAAUCGUUGCAUGGGUAGUGCAGUACGCUCCCUCGCACUACGCGGGCGCCAGAAAACUGCCGAUCAAGGAGCUGGCCAGACUCUGCGCGUUAGUGACUGGUAAGAUCACUCAGCUGCCUGAUGUGAUUCAUUUCUACUUUCGCGAGACAAUAGCUGCACGCAAGCGGCUCAGCAAAUACUUCCGGGGUUUUCGCGACGAGUCGCUUGAAGAUGCUGACACGGUUAAUCAUGAGCACUUUACGAUCAGCUUAACCAACAUAUACGCCAACCUGUGUGCGAUUUGCGAAAACCCAAAGCAGACGUGCAGAGGUGACCACAGGAAAAGUGAGCCAGACAGUCCUACUAGUCAGCUUCGAAACCUGUAUGCUGGCUUGGCAGUAGAGGGCGCUGUGGCGGAGGACGCUCCAGGCGCAAUCGAUCCACUGGAUGAGUGUGCUGAGUGUCGCGUUGAUACCGCGCGGCCGUGUCCCGGCCCGCAGAAGGAUCUCCCUCUUGCCGACGAUGAGCUGGGGAAUGCCAUCGAGUACGCCUCAGCACUGCAAGAAAUCCAGGAUACUGUGCAAGAGGUUGAGCGAUGCUGGGUUCAGGCUGCAGAAGGUGCUAUCCACUUUGUCUCUGCAGCUUUUGUUACCCACGUUGGGUACGCGAUACUCUUGCGGGCCGAGAGCAGGCUGAGGGAGCUUGAUGAGAACAUCACCGUGGCCGAGUUACAGCGGAAAUGCUGUAUGAUACUUGACCAAACUUCAUCCUCGGGCGAAACAUCGACUUGGCACGCGUUGCUCGAGCGCUUGGCGUCUAUACAACAUUUCGUCCGGCAUCAGACCAAUGCACAUGACUUGCAAAGCUCCUAUAAGACCGUUGCAGUCAUACAAAAGCCUUUGGACUACGUCGGGAUGGGUAUUCCGGCCCCACGCCUGAUUUCGGCCCUGAUCGAGAACAUCAUCGCUCUCGUUCAGAGCAAGCACAUUCCGAGCGCCAUAGUCCGUAAUAGCACUCCGGUUUACGCCGACCUCGGUUAUGCCCUACUUCAUGGUACCAAGGACAACAGCAUGUUUCGGUUGAGCAUAGGUCUGGAUCUUCUCUGUCAAGCUUACACAUCUCAUGUCCUAGCACUGCAAAGACCAAAGACAGUGACUCAUUACCGACUCACGGCUCUCAAGCUAGCUCAGAAUGCGGCUACUAGCAUUGAACGCCUGCUUGGGAAUAAAGACUGCUUUCCUUGUCGUUGUGUCCAAACACUGGCCUAUCACCUGCAGAACCUCGAGGAGGACCUCGUGGCUUUUGCUAAGCACAACCGAUGGGACCUUUACUUUCAGUCACCCUACGUAUCAGGCUCACAUAUUCUGGAGAUUCUUGACUCGUGUCAUUAUUACGGCAGUAAGCUUUUUGUCUAUCGUCAUUACAUGGGCGCUUUGGUGCACUCUUACAACGUUCUCAAGCAGCUAGGCGGUCUCGAGGAGAUCCCGCUCAUGGAAUAUCUCUGUGAAGAAUUCAAGCAGAGUUUCUUCCCCGCUGGCCAACGCCCAUCCAGGAGCUUCCGUGCAUCGUGGACGCGGUAUAUCGGGGCUCGUAUCAAGUUCAAGAGGGGACAUAGACGAAACAACAAGGAUAGCUGGUGUAUGGCUAUUCCUCCACACGAGGCUCGAAAAGCUGCCGGGUUGGGCGUGGGCAGAGACGAGGGCAACAACGACAAGGGCGGCUGCAUGAUUUUCAAAAUCAAGCAGCAGGACUAUGAUGUUACGGAUGCUCAGUGGGCCAGCUGUGAGACAAGAAGAUCCGAUGACGGGAAUCUCGAAGCCAAAAGUGUCCUCGAGGAGGCAAAAGGUACUGCACGUCGACUGGAAAACCUUCUUCCCUUGCUCGACAGCCAUCUGGCAACCACUUCGACGGCAUAUGUAUCACCGCCGAAGGCCAGACUCAAUCGCUUUGCGGUCUUUGAGGACUGCGUCAAGAUCGUGUCCAAAAUCUCCAACGCCACGCACACUGACCCUAAGGAGAGGAACAUGAACUGCAUCUGCUUCGCUAGCGCCAUUCUGGAGGGUGGGGAUAGAAUCCUGGACGCCCGAGCUGGCGGCAGGCUCAACGGCAAAGGUGCGUGUUGGACGAAAGAUGAGAGGGAAGGCGUACUCAAGACAACGAUGGAGGCGAUGAAGAAUGUUCUUGCUGGGAAGGGUAUGAGCCGUUGGGCGUUUCAUAUCUAG